AUGGCGACGGUCAGUAGAAAAGGAAGAACAUAUCAAAAAGGCCAGCCUCUUUGUAGUGAUCUUCGCAAACUUAUAAUUGAUGAAAUUGUUUUAAACGGAGGUGAUCAAUUAACUGGUUAUUUUCCUGGUUUCUUCAAAAAUGUCGCCGAUAAGUUCAGGGUUAGCAGCAGCACCGUUAAAAAUUUGUGGACUAACUUUAUCCGUACAAAUAAUAUAAAUCCACUUCCAAAGAAAGGAGGAAAUCCGAGUCACUUCUCAGACGGAGAUUUACAACUAGUUGAAACUCUGGUGAUGGCAAGUCCUACAAUAACACAAAAGGAAAUCUAUUCUGAAUUASWACAAUUUGGAGAUAUUUUAGGCGGGACAUCAAUUCCUGCAAUCUCUUCAGCAAUGCGAAGUCGCAUGCCAUCUGGGAAGAAUUAUUCACAUAAAAAAGUUCUGAACACAGCAACAGAAAGAUUUACUCAAAACAAUAUGAUAUACACUCAGCUAUUUAUUAACUAUCUUCAUUCAAAAGAUCCAUUCAGAUUGAAGUUCUUCGAUGAAGCCGGMCUCAAAGUUCCGAAUGCUCAUAAGCGAACUCACGGUUUUGCUCCUGUUGGGGAAAGAUGUGUCGAAAUUAUUCGUUACCAUGAAUCGCCAAACAUCACUCUUAACCUCCUAGCUGGCAUCGAGGGAAUAAAGUAUGCGAAUAUUGUCGAUGGGCCAGCAGAUACGGUCGAUUUCUUGCAAUUUUGGGGGGAAACAUCACGGGCUGGAGAUGUUACAACCGGUAGAYCCGUACUCGAAGUUGGAGACAUUAUCGUUAUGGAUAACUGUCCUACUCACCACUACUUAGGAGGUGAAAUUUUAAAUGAUUUUCUUGAUGACAUUGGGAUUGAAUUAGUGUUUACACCUACAUAUUCCCCGGACUUCAAUCCCKUCGAAUUUGUUUUUUCGAAGAUGAGAAAUGUAAUGCAUUACCAACUUAGCGAAAGAGUAAAGGAAAACUUAAAAUUAGCUACGUAUGAAUCGCUUCAAUCGGUCACUGCUAGUGAUAUGGAAGGUUACUAUCGCGCUACAUCUUAUAUUUGA